AUGAUACAGCAUAUCAGCCCUCGCAAAACGUCCGCAGCCAUCGCGCCUAUGCGCCAGCCCGGCCAGGAUUUAGAGCAGUGGGGAAAGUGGAUAGGCCGUCAUUAUUAUUCUCUGGAAAUGGUGCAGCAUCCCCUACGCGCACGAAUGUGUGGUUUCGGCGACAAAGAUCGACGACCCUUAGCGCCUGCUGCGGUUGCAAGAAUGGUCGUGAAACGCGAGGACCACAGCGUUGUCGACGUUGACGACGUGGAUGUGUCCUUCUUCCUGGUCACCGUCGAUCUGUGGUCUGAAGACGGGAAACACGAGCGAAAUCUUGUGCUGCACCCGUCUUCUGGUGAGCGAUAUGUACCGGUACAAACUACCAAGCCACGCCGUCGCACAACGGGCCCACCCCCUUCAGGUCAGCAAACACCAGUUCCCAGUUCCACCCCCUCACAAUUCACAACAGGCGAACCGACAAAUCCUACCUAUAAUGGUCCUCAAGGAUACUACCCAGCAGCGCCUCAGUCGCCAAUGGCCCCGCCCUCUGUUGCAUAUUCCCCAACAGCUCAAUACGGCCAGCCACCACCAACAUGGGGUUACCCGUCAGGUGCUGACCGGAAUACGACAUACCCGCCACCAAUACUCCCAUCCAUUCACUCGUUUGGACGUAGUCCUAGCGUUGGCCCACAUGAACCUUGGGGAUCGCCUGACACAGAGCCGACGUAUCGCGGGUGGAACAACAAUAAUAAUAAUGACCAUGGCUUUGAGCAGCUCGAGCCAAGGCCAUUCUCACCUGCAUCGCAGACGUACAGCAAUGAGUCGUCGUUGUACAAUGUCCCUUAUUCCCACGCACAACCCCCUGCCGUGCCUUAUUACCCUGCCGCUUCUCCCAGUGCGCCUGCCCCACCACCACCUUCUGCCCCGCCACCACCUUCGACAAUGCACGGCUCACGAAGCGCGUAUACGCGAACGCUUGUGGGACCACUGUCCUCAAACGGUUACCGGCUUCUCGACGAGCAUCGCAAACCGGGCAUCUUUUUCCUCUUCCAAGACCUGUCUGUUCGGACUGAAGGCACAUUUCGUCUGCGAUUGCGUCUCAUGAACGUUGGCGCACCCCCGGCCCCAGAACCGGGCGCGACCGAGGUUCAUACCGGCAUCUCGCCUGUUCUCGCCCAGAUAUUCUCCGAGCCUUUCACCGUGUUCUCGGCCAAACGAUUUCCGGGUGUGCCGGAAACUACUGCGCUGUCUAUAGCGUUUGGCAACCAAGGCUUGAAGCUUCCCUUGCGCAAUCGCAACGGCAACAGCAAGCGGCGGCGGGACGAUUCGGAUUCAGAGGACGACUCCGAUAGUUGA